AUGAGAGGUGCCACGCAAGUGUCAGUGAUACUCCUCUUGGUGACCGUGUCUGACUGUGCGGUGAUCACUGGGGCCUGCGAGCGGGAUAUCCAGUGCAGGGCGGGCACCUGCUGUGCGGUCAGCCUAUGGCUGCGUGGGCUGCGGGUGUGCACCCCGCUGGGGCGGGCAGGAGAGGAGUGCCACCCCGGCAGCCACAAGAAGCAGACACCCGUCACAGGGUUUUACAGCCUGCCCGGCUGGCCUGUGGGGUCCUGGCUGGUGGCCGUGGUCCUGGAGGAAGCCCGUGUGCACGGCUCAGGCUGCCCCAGGGGCGGUGAACUGUCCUCCCUGGGCCCUGCCGCCCGCCUCCGGCACGUGCACUUCUGCCUGCAUCAGUGA